UCUUUUGGACGGGCAUCGGGUUAGGAAAAUAAAAGGAGUGAUACAUACUCUGAAAAUGCAAGAAAAGUACUCACCACAAGAGUUGGAAACACGCGUGAAGCAAGGCCUUCAGAAACGUAAAAAAUGCGCUUUGUGUACGCAAACGUUUUAUGUCAACGAACUUCCUGGAGCAAUUACACAUAAAUCCGUUUUGGAAUUACGCCGUAAGUGGGGCGUCAAACUUCCUCGUGGGAAUCGUAUGCCGCCUCCCUCUCAGUUGUACAAGCGUGAAGAAAUAUGCGUUUUUUGUAUGCAAUUUUUUGAUACAAGUGGAACUAUGCAAUCUCAGCAACAGCUUUUAGCCUCGACGCGUGGCGGCAUAUCACCAUCACUUUCUAUGCGCUGAAGAUAUCUAUGAUUUUCACCUGUUUCAUAGGCCUACCUUAUGUGCUUAUGUGAAAUCGAGGAUGUACAUUUUAUAGCUAUAUAUUCAUUCAGGUAUUAAGGCUCAGACUUAUGAGAAAGCGCAAUUCUGAGACAUCUAGACGGGAAUCUACCUAUCAUUAGUUAAUUUUAACUGUAGCUUCACAAUUUAAGCCCUGGAAAAAAGAUUGCAGGAACUUAACUUUCAUCUCUGAGUGGUAAUGCUUCGUAUGAUAACGUGACAAACUUUGUCGGUGAUUUAUAUAUAUAUAUAGCAUGAUUCUUCUUCUUGUAUAGAGACGCAGACCUCCCUGUAGAGGUCUUCCUUCGGAUGCGCUAAUGGAAAUUAAAUCGGCCUCGAAAAAAGUGUGAACUAUCUCUUUCGUAGAUUACCCUCAAGUUUGUCAUAGAAAUGAGCUCACAAAACGCAACACAAACCGCGCAAUUGCACAUUAUGUGAAACAUUUCCGAUGCACUUAACGUAUAUGUUGUUUUGAAUGCUGUUUAUGCAAUAAGGGUUUCAUGGAGGCUGAUCAAAAGUGUGGUAAUUCUAAUGCGGCCAUCACGACCAAGAGGCCACGCCGCUAUCAUGGGUAAAAAAAACAAUGAUAAAGGUAUGUACAUGUUUCCAUAUAAGCGCUUGAGUAGAAGAUUCCCUCUGUUAAUCUAAAGGCGCUUGCUGCUUCCCAUAUCGCAAAUGAGUGUUAUCUGUGUCACAAUUUACUUUAGGUGUUAGCCAGAGAUUGUCAUGAGAAACAGUGUAGUGUAAAAUCUACAGCAAGGUUUAUGCCCUUUGCUGCCUUCUUUAUGUAAGAAUUCGAAAAAAAAGUUGCUGCCGACAGAUACAUAAUUGACAUGAG